AUGAGCUCCAAAACCACCAUCCUCUGUUUCGGCAACUCGCUGACGGCAGGAUACCACCAAUACGGGCUGGACUAUCACCCAUACGCGUGGGAACUCGAAGAAAAGCUAAAGGCCGCCUUUCCCUCGCACACCUUCCAGGUAGACGUUGACGGGCUCCCGGGCGAUCUGGUGAUCCACCCACCGGGACGUUUCCUCCCUCGACUCCAGCGGAGAUGUGCGUAUACCUACAUCUACAUUGUUCUUGUGAGACCCCGGAACAUAUCUCCAUCUAACCAUACAGCAGGCGCAGAGAUCUCGUAUGACUGGGUGAUAGUCCUCGGGGCGACCAAUGACCUGGGCCAUGGGUAUCCAGUUGCGCGCAUCUUCCCCGCCCUGGAAGAAGCCUGGAAAGCCGCCCUCGGCGCCGGCGCGAAUGUUCUUGCGUUGACGGUGCCGGAGUGUGCGGCUGUCAAUAAGAAUUUGGAUGCGAAACGGGCGGAGUUGAACGCGCAGAUCUUGGGGUACCAGCAUGAGAAGUUGUAA